AUGGUCGGCAGAAGCCAGUAUCACAACGUCCGCCUGGCUCUGAGCAACGGAUGGGAAUCCGAUUCGGGAGCGCAGCCGGCAGCUGACAAGUACAUUACCCAGCCGUGGCUAAGCGAAGGUGAGCAGGUGAAGUGGCUGCUGCGUCCGAGCCUUAGACGCGAGCUGCGGCCAGUCUCCUUCCAACUGAAGCGGGGACCGGAAGCCAAGUACCUGAAGUUCGGAUUCAUCGCGCAAGAGCUGGAAGCAGUGUUCCCCAACUUGGUUCGGACGGUUGGGGACAACACGAAAGCAGUUGCCAGCCAGGACCUCAUCGCGGUGCUGACUCUCGCCUUCCAGAAUCUCCAGAAGGAGCACGAUGACUACAAGAAGACGGUGCUUGACCAGCAGAGGGAGUUGGAAAGCCUCAAGCGGUGCAUAAGCUCCAAAUGGAUGAUCCUUGUGUGCUCAGGCAGAGGCACUGAGCCUGCGGCUCUGACGUCCAAUUUCAGAGACAAGCCGGAAGAGCUGGUCCUGAUCGAGCUACAGAGCACUGCUUACAUGGAGGACGGUUCGAAGGUCACCGGUCAGGAGCUCGGAACCCUGCAAUUGAAAGGAGGAACUGUGGUGCUCACAAACGGCCCUCGCAGCCUCUAUGGAUCUCUGCAAGAGCUCAAAAGCCCUCUGGUGCUCCUGGAGCGGACUGGACAGGAAGAGCAACUCGUCGGAGACGCCCGAGCAGCCCUCCUUCGCGCCCGCGGGGUGAUCCGCAGGAAGGUAGUCUUCAACCAGCGGCCGCAGCUCUCCGUCUAA